ACACCGAAGUAUGCGUCAAUAAAAACAGUAGAACAACUUGUAGAUACCACAGAAUUUGUUGGAAACGCAACUAAACAACGUUAUAAAGUGGCAGAGAGAGGUCUUCAUCUCACACACAUCCGUACAUACUACAUACAUAUAAUUUCAUUGGAAAUUAAAUUGCAAUAUACCUUUUGCAACAGCAAAAAAAGUUAUUUUCCAGCAAGCACCAUGUCAAUAUUUGGCCCCGAGUUCGAAAAGAUAUGGCCCAAAGCCGGCGCAGCUCUACAGCUCACCGAGUUCGGUAAGAAGCUAUUGAAACAGUGCGAAAAUAUUAAAAAGCCCGAACAGAAAGAUGUGGAUAUUAAUGAAUUCAAAAGAAAAUCUUCUAAUUUUCCCUUGGAGUUUGGCACCAAUACUUGUCGUGUAAUGAGCCAACCCAAAGACCGCUAUCCCAAUAUACAAAAACAGAUUUCAUCAGCCUAUCCUGUCAUACAUGAAAGGGUUUUACAACUAUAUUUGGAUUUUCUGGAACACAAAUGUCAAUAUGGUCAUGCCAUGGAAAAGAAAGUCUAUGCCACAAUGUCCUUGUAUGGUUUCGUCCAACGUUUAUUGACCAAGCGUUGUAUUGUUUUUGUGGGUCCGUGUGAUGCGUAUAUGUUAAUUACCGGUGUUACUGGCUAUGGAUUAGCCGAUUACCCAAAUAUUGGCACAGAUGCCGAAGUAAAGCCCUUGAUAUUUCAAGAUUGUCUUUCCUAUGAUGAAGUUAAGCUCUCCGCAUUUCUAUCGAUAUCCUCACACACUGAGCUAAUCAACAGCGGAACACGUAAAAAUUACGGCAAAAUGGAGAAAGAUCUAAGCAAAAUUGAACGCGAAGGUGUGGUCAUUGGUUUAAUAGGCGCUCGUUUUCAAAGGCCUUUGGCCAUGGAGUACCAGGACAUUGUAAUAAGUCCACAACAGAAUGUUUCCGAAAGGGGAUAUGGCCAGCAAGAACCAACAAAUAGUUCACUUCUCACAAAGCUGUCAAAUGCUUUAUUUUCUGGCAAAUCUACUGGGCGUAAGGAAGAUCAUGAGUUUCUUUCGUUUGUUGAUCAUCGCAAGUUGUGGGAAAAAUUCUAUGAGGAGCCCAGUUUUUUGUACAAACAAGUAAAAAAGGAUCGAAAACGAUUUGGCGAUGUUGAGAAGAUACAUUCUGCCGAAAUCUUUGACAAUGUGGUUAUGAAAAAACGUUAUACCAUUUCCUUUGAUACACUCUUGCUGGAAGCGCAUGCUAGGGCAUCCAAUUUAAACAAGCAAGCCUAUGUUCAUAUUGUGGGCAUAGGCUUAGGAGUCUGGCGUUAUGCAGAGCAACAAGAAUUAAUUUUCCUGGAAACAUUUGGCCAACGAGUUCGGCAUCUUUUGCCAAACCUCAAUAAUAUUGGUGUCUUGCAUUUCUCAUGGUUCAAUUUGAGUCAAUGGGGUGAUCUAAAACACAAUGGCUUCAUAGAAUCCAAGACACAUCCCAAGGGCGGUAUAAUAACUUUAAUGGAAAAUCGCAAUCCGGCCGAUAAAUUGAAAGAACCUGAAUUUGAAAAUAUGUUAUUGGUGAUUUCUUAUGCCUGGGACGCCAAUGCUUUGCCGGGCAACGAGUUUUGGCAGAAACAUUUGGCCGAUUCCAGCGACUCCUCAAACGCUAGCAGUACUUUGGUUACGGAACUCCACAACCCUUUCAUCAAUACCGAGUGGGUGUGUGGUGAAAAUCUACACAUAGCGAGUGCCGAUCAUGGCAUUAUUCAUAUUAGCGACUACGCAAAGAAAAUAUCGAAUGUCUGCAUUUAAUUUUAAAUAUGGAGGAACACCAUCAAAAAAUUAACCUUUGUAUGUAUGAUAUCUGUAUGUAUAAUUCACUAUCAAAAGUAUUAAUAAAUAUUAACACUGAGCGCACAAGA